GUUGCCCAGAGAAAGGAAUUGUGGGAAGGCGGCGGAGGCGACAUGGCGCUGACGGCGAUUUGCCGACGGUUAUCGACGGUGCUUCGGGUGACCGGGGCGAGUCGAGGAGGUCCGGCGGCUUCGGCUUCCAGAGGAAUCAUUGGUGAUUGGCCAAAAAAAUCUACAGAAGUGAAGAUUUGUCCCUGUUCUGUAUUGCUACAUACGUCAGUAUCUCGAAAUGGAUUGGAGGAAUUUUUUGAUGACCCCAAAAACUGGGGAAAGGCGGUUAAAUCAGGAGAUUCCUGGACUGUCGAACAACUUCGAGGCAAAAGCAGCGACGACUUGCAUAAGCUUUGGUAUGUCCUGCUAAAAGAGCGAAAUAUGCUUUUAACAUUAGAGCAAGAAGCAAAACGGCAGCUCCAGACAAUGCCAAGUCCAGAAAGAUUGGAAAAGGUUAUUAAAUCCAUGGAAAGAAUGGACCAGGUCAUUCAGGAACGGGAAAAUGCUUUGCGACUUCUGCAGACUGGUCAAGAGAAUGAGUGGCCGGGCGAAUGGAGAUACGAUUUCCUUGGGCGUAUUAUUUGGUAUACUUUCAGAGAAUGGCCAAUUCCCUGGUACUUGAAUGCAAGGCACAAGAAGAAACGGUUCUAUUACCUGUCAAAUGUCAAGCCUUUUAUAAGACUUAGAUAUGAGAAACUCCUGCGCAAGGAAUACAUGAAGGAGGAAAGCCAAAGGAGAAAGAAACGUUUACAGGAAGAAGCUCUAGCUGCAGAGUCUCAGAGUUAACAUGGAACUGAAAGUGUUUGACGUUUGAGAAGACUAGAGGAAUAACAAGAGGGCUGCUGGAAGUGAAAAGAUGAUACAAAUGCUUUGACUUUGGUCAUUACUUAUGAAUGGACACUAAGGUGGGAAAUACUGUGUAAGUUCAGAAAGCAGCUCAUUUUUUUAUUACCAAAAUAAAACUACUCCAUAUCUGCUGUGAUUUUUUUUCCCAUUUAUAUCUGGAAUAUUUCCAUUUAUAUUUAUAAAUGCCGACUGCAACAGAAAGGACUAGGUAUUGUCUGCAGUUCUCUGACUAGAGUAGGAGUGCCCAACUAUGGCAACUUAAAGAUUUGUGGCCUUCAAUUCACAGAAUUCUGGGAGUUGAAGUCCACAGGUCUUAAAGUUGCCAAGAUGGGAUACCUUUGUCCUUCCCAUUCCUGUUUUCCACACAACCACCUACCCUGUGAGGUAACUUUGAACAAGCAGGGCUGGCGGUAAAUAUGUACAUAAGGUCAAACUUUUGCCAAGUGAAGAUGCUUGUGGCCAAGGUCAUACCAUUAAUAACUGCAUUUGUAGUACCAUAUUAUGCUAAGUCAGAACCAAUUAAGCUAUAUAUUUUUUAUAUUCACAUGACCCAGCUUGCUGUCUGAAAGCCCCAAUGCUUUGCAGUGAACGUUGUAACAACCAAUAUAGACCUGAAACUAACUUUCCAAAUAUUAGGAUGUUUCGUGUUUGACCACGAAAAUGGUGUGAAUGAUUUAAAGUUAUAAAUAAAUGACACACACCCCAAAUGAGCAAAUGGAUGAAUUGCUGUACCUUGGUAAAAAGUUAACUAAAGAAGGGGAAAUGGAUGAUGCCAUUUUAGAGAAAGCUGACACAAAGCAUGUGGCUUUGUUCAAGAAAUGAAUGUUCGUUGAAAGCAUACUAGAAGUGUGAGUUCAGUAUAUCAUAGGUAAGCUCAGUACAGUGGUAUUGGAUAGUUAAAUAUGUCUGAUAAGAGAUGCAUAGAGUUUAUAGUGCUAAAUGAAUAUAGACUAAACAAGAAAGUAACCAAUAGGAAAGAAGUACAGAGGCACAUGCUAAAAAAAGAAAGGAAGAUGAUAAAUCACGAAACAAAAACAUCAGGUGUGAGAAAGUGCAAGGCUAAAAAGGCCUUGGAUGGAGAACACCUAAGAGACCUUUAAAGAAGACUGCAUACAAAAUGAUGUAAGGGUAUAUUACAAAGCUUGAUGAAAAAUUGAGGCAUUUUGUGAAUGGUGUUGAUGUAAACAAGUAUAUUAAUUAAAUCUCUUACCUCAAGA